AUAAUCUACCUGUAAAAAGAGACACAAAACAAAGUAACUUUUCUUUCAGUUUCCUUUUAAAAUCAAUUUUUCUAAACAAACACUCGGCCAUUGCAACUGUAGUAUUUGUAUUUUUGUAAUCCUCAGAUCCAAAGCCCUCUCGCUUCCUCUCUUGGAUUCUGAUUCAUUUUCCCCAAGUCUCCAUCUUUCUUUCUUUACUCUUUCACUUUCCCAAGAAAAUAACAAAUUUCCAGAAUUUUCUUGUCUCUUUCUUCACUCUUCUUUACUCGAAGAUCAUUGUCAUCUCUCCCUCUCUUGUUUUUUCUUCUUGUCUCACUCUUGAGAUAUAUCACCCAAAACACCUUCGCUAAUUUUCCCGCGAAAAUUCCCUUUUGAUACUUUCCCGGAAAAUUCCUCGAGAAAGUUCGAGACUUUACUUCUCUCAAUGGCGUCAAGAGAAGUAUCAACGAUGAUCAAACACGGGUUCAUCGCAGAUCCUUCUCUCUCUUUCUCCCCUUCAAGAACCACAUCUCCGGCCAAACUCUCCUCCCCUCCACCACCGUCUCCUCCGCCUCCGCCGCCCAACGAGCCACCCCACUCAAACCCGACCCUUUUCGACAUGAUGUCAGAGGAGCACCACCGCGAGCCGCCGCGUAGGAAGUCCCACGCGCGCGUGGCUCAGAUCAUGUCCGAGUUCAAGAACGGCGUCGUUUACGACGGCCCCAGCGACGUCAAGCUGACGGUCGUCGGGAAAGACGGGUACAGAGUCACCAUGGACGUUCACAGAAAGGUUCUGUCGGAGAAGAGCAGGUUCUUCAUGGCGAAGAUGAGUUCCAGGAGGGAGAAAGGAGUCUCUCACAUGGUGGAGAUCAGCGAGUGCGAUGACGUGGAGAUCUACGUGGAGACUGUGGUCUUGAUGUACUGCGACGAUCUCAAGAAGAAGCUGGUCGGUGAAAACGUCGUCAAGGUCUUGGCUUUGCUCAAGGUGAGUGCUGCUAUCUCGUUUGAUGAGGGAGUGGUGUCGUGUUUGGAGCAUUUGGAAGCUGCUCCUUGGUCGGAAGAUGAAGAGGAGAUUGUCGUGUCGUGUCUUGAUGAGCUUCAUCUUCCUGAAGACUCAGUCGGUUUGAUUCUUCAGAGAGUUUCGUCUGAGCCGACGAGAGAUAGAACGGAUGAUAUCUUCUUGAAGCUUCUUACUGGUGUUCUACAGGCCAAGGAUGAUAAAGCGAGACGAGAGAUGAAAGUUGUGAUCUUUAAGUUGGUUAGAGAAGAAGCAGAUCACGAAGUCUCUAAAGAGACUCUCUACGGUUUGUGCCAUCGAUGUUUGACUUCUCUCGUUCUUUGCCUAUCUGAAGUGACCACGCAGAUGAAUGAUCCGGGCAAAGACCGUGGCGCUCUAAUGGGAGAGAUUGCUAGAGAAGCUGACAACAUGCUGUGGAUGGUGGAUAUACUGAUUGAGAAGAAGAUGUGCGACGAGUUUGUGAAGCUAUGGGCGGAUCAGAAGGAGCUAGCGGAUCUUCAUGCCAAGAUACCUACCAUGUAUAGGCACGAGAUAAGCAAGAUCACUGCGCAGAUAUGUGUUGGUAUCGGUAGAGGUAGGAUCUUGGUGAACAGGGAGACUAGGUUCGCGGUUUUGAACACGUGGUUGGAGGCUUUGUAUGAGGAUUUUGGGUGGAUGAGACGGCUGUCGUCGAGAUCUCUUGAUAGGAAGCUGGUGGAGGAUGGACUCAGCCAGACGAUACUGACCUUGUCGUUGAGGCAACAGCAGGUGAUUCUGAUGAAGUGGUUUGAUCGGUUUCUGAGCAAAGGUGAUGAUUGUCCAAAUGUUCAACGAGCCUUUGAGGUCUGGUGGAGGAGAGCUUUCAUAAGACAGGUUAUAGCAGAGCCGGCUGCAUCACAGCUGCAGAUGACACUCUAUGACUAAUAACUCAAUAGAAUAAAGAUUGUUACCCCUCAAAAUGUCAUAUCUUUGUUUUGUUGGUAAACUGUUACUAUUUGUGACAUUCAAUGCGACACAAAGAUUCAAAAGAAAA